AUAGACGACAUGGUGGACCUCGAAACGCGUCGCGAAACCGUACCGUGCGAGAACACAAUCACGUUCAAGUUCGUUUAGCAAAUGAAUGGUACCGGUAUCUGACACGGAGAAAGAGAUAGAUUAUUAGAAAUUGUUAGUGGUGCGAGAAGGAUAGACAUAAAUCAAGGUGACGAUCGGGAGUGGUUAGGAGUUAGUACGUCGGUGUUUUCGUCAUUAGUUUUGGUUUCUAACACAUGUUUCUACGUUUGAUUGGUAUAAAUGACAUUUAGGGCUGCAAAAUUAUGAAGCAGGGAGAAGUGAGACGAGCAUUGAUGGUCGCAACUGUAAUUUGCCUGUUUCUCUUCAUUUAUUUGUACUGGCAACAAUCUUCUAGGCCAUUACAGGCCCUCGUACUCACAUACAAACACGUCUACACAUCUAAUAAAAAAAUACACCCGAGGCAGUGGACAUGGCUAUGCGUAAAUCAACGAUGCGAACGCCACCACAUCACAGAAAAUGUCAAAAUCGAAUCCUUAUCAACUUGCAGCAUGCUCUGUGGUUCUACGCAACUUUGGCCACAACCCACUGGCCCUGUGACACUGGGUAGCAAGGCCAUAAUUUUCAAUCACCAGCAGUUCAGCCUGCAGGUUUUGGCCAGUGGACCGGCUAAGGCUCUCGUCAAAGAAGCCUUUUCUGCGUUUAACGACAGCGUACUUAGUUUAGUUCGUAACAACAAUUACCUUAAAGAAAAGACUGAUUUUGAUAGGUUUAUAGUUCGCGUAACGGUAGUGCGUGGCGAUGUGAUAAGAUUGAAAUUGAGGACGGACGAAAGUUAUAGUUUAACGUUAAAACCGCGAGACAGUGAAAUAGUUGCGAAUAUUACGGCCAAAACUUAUUUUGGAGCUCGACAUGGGUUGGAAACCUUAAGCCAGUUGAUAUGGUGGGAUGAAUAUGCAGGCCACGCGGGAGCUUUAAAAAUAAUUAAAGGAGCUACAAUCCAGGACGCUCCAGCCUUUCCCUACAGAGGCCUUAUGGUUGACACUGCCAGAAAUUUUAUGUCAAUUGAGAGUCUCAAAAGAGUUUUGGUGGGUAUGGCUGCCAAUAAACUAAACGUAUUUCAUUGGCACAUCACAGACUCUCAGAGUUUUCCACUGGUACUCCCCAGUGUACCUCAGUUAUCAAGUAGUGGUUCCUAUAGUCCCCAGGAGACUUACAGUCCCGAGGAAGUCAAAGCCAUAGUUGAAUUUGCUAGAAUAAGGGGAAUUAGAACUAUUUUAGAGAUUGACGUGCCUGCGCAUGCUGGCAAUGGCUGGACAUGGGGCCAACGAGAAGGCUUAGGAGAUUUGGCGGUAUGUGUUAAUGAAAGGCCUUGGAGCUUAUACUGUGGCGAGCCGCCCUGCGGACAGCUGAACCCAGAAAAUCCGAACGUGUACGAUGUAUUGGAGAAAAUAUACAGGGAUUUGCUGGAACUGACUGGAGAAACCGAAAUUUUCCAUUUGGGUGGUGACGAAGUAAACCUCGAAUGCUGGGCUCAGCAUAUGCAAAAAUCCAACACCCCCAACAACUACACUGACUUGCACGAUCUUUGGGGUGAAUUCACCCUAAAAGCUCUUGCGAGAUUACAGCAGGCCAACGGGGGAGAAAAAAUACCCAAAGUGAUUGUAUGGUCUAGCAAAUUAAGUAAAAGACCGUAUAUUACGAAGUAUUUAGACAGGAACACGACAAUAGUACAAAGUUGGGGCUCAAGUCAAUGGCCGGACACUCCCGAUCUCUUAGCCGAUGACUACAAGAUUUUGAUCUCGCACGUGGACGCUUGGUAUUUGGACUGCGGUUUCGGUAGAUGGAGAGAAACGGGAGAGGCAGCAUGUGACCCCUACCGACCAUGGCAAACCGUUUACAACCACCGACCCUGGCAGCAAAUGCGACUCGACAAAAAACAUAUUAUAGGUGGAGAAGUAUGUUUAUGGAGCGAACAAGUAGACGAAUCUUCACUAGACAGUCGCUUGUGGCCCAGAGCUGCAGCAUUUGCCGAACGGAUCUGGACGGAUCCACAACUGGACAUGACCACAUACACCAUUCAAGAGGAUGUAUAUACAAGACUGAACACUCAAAGAGAAAGAUUAGUGAGUAGGGGACUUAAGGCAGAGGCAUUGUGGCCUUCGUGGUGUAGUCAGAAUCCCGGAAUGUGCCUAUAAUAUUUAAUGGAUUGGACAAGAUAGUGCAGAAAACAUAUCAAAUAUAUGAUUAGCAGAAUGUGGAAUUGAAAUUUGACAACAAAAAUUUUUAGGUCUUUAAUUAUAAUAGGCCUUUUGAUAAAAUUUUAUAUAUCGAUAACCUAUAAAAUAUCGUAUGGCUGCUGAAUAUGUAUAGUUUAUAUCAAAUAAACUUUUAGUCACGUGAUUAAACUUGACCGGCACAGCGUUGCCCACUUUUACAUAUUUUCUUUUAAUCG